AUGGCUGCAGCAUCGCCUUCACCAACUGAUUUUGCGAGAGACUUCAUCGACUACCGAGCUGCCAAGUUUCACGAGGCAUUUGCAGUAGAGUCGUACUUUAACACGUUAAUGUCAAAAUAUGAAUCGAAAGACAUCUCUGACCUCGAGCAAACCCUAAAGCGCUUUCAAAUACAGGUUCCGGACCAAGCAGACUUCAACUUCGAUCUUUUAAAAUGCUCAUGGGAUGAUGUUCUCCAAGAGCUAGAAAGAGCGCAUGCUGCUGUGUUCGAGGACGAAAAACGUGGGAAAAGAUUACAUCGAAAAGCGUGGCGAGCUUUGGGGACAGUGGGCGAUGUUUUUGCUCCUGGACUGGUGGGGAUUCCAAACAAUAUGCCACUUUGUGUCUUGCAAGGUGGACUUGCAGUCAUAUUUAGCCUUGCUCGCCAUCGAGCCCAGGAUCGCGACAAGAUCCUCCGCGCAUUUGAAGACAUCCCCAGCGUCAUCAUGAUGGCUUAUGGUAAGGCGGAGAGCAUUCCACGAGAUCGACCAGGAUGCGGGAGACUGUAUGGAAUGAUUGGAGAGCUGCAGAAAACUCUCUUGCGCACAAUUCCACUAUUGAUCGACAGACUAACCCCAGGAACUUUCCUCGCCAAAGCAAUGAGCCCUUUGAGGGGUUUCGAUAUCGAUGAUCUCUUCGGGGCGGUUCGCAGUGCUUCCGAACGAGUUCGAAUCUGUGCUGAAGAGAUCAUGGACAACAUCAUAGUCAGCUCGCAUGAAACUAUCCAUGAAAAUCACAGGACGUCAACACAAAUCCACACAAUCGCGCUCCAGACUGGAGAAGGGGUUGGAGAUUUACAGAAAAAGAUUGACGAGAUCCUAAAACAACAGAAGUCUUUCCAAACUGCCCUAGAUGCAGUUUCCGGCAAGAAUAGUCUACUCAGCUUUCUGAUGGAGUAUCUCAAACCCGAUCAAAGUGAGACAGACAAGUCUUCAACGAAAGAGUCAUCGCCACCGUCCGAAUCAGGCACACCGUUGACCCCAAAGCAAUUAUUGGGAAUGAUGAAUGUCCACCACUUGGAAGCACUUGACGACGAGCAAAUUAUCAUCCGGCGUGGUCACUCGAUCGACAGCGACGCCAUUGCACAUGCAGCAACCAUGUUUCAAACAUCCCAGGUGCAGCAAUUACUGCAGAUACCAGAAUCUGGUGUUGUUCUCGUGAAUGGCUGUGCAGAUCGGUCCCAAAUCACCAAGAUAUCGCCCCUCAGCCACGUCUGUGCAACCCUAACUCAUGCUCUUCGUCGCUCGGAUGGUGAGAAUCUGGUUCUGGCAUUCUUCUGUGGACAACAUGUAGCUGCGGACGACGACCUCAUUGGUCCACGGGGACUAAUGAGAAGUCUGGUCGCCUUCUUGGUGCUGAGUUUGGUACAAAACGAUUGCAUAGCGGAGUCCGCUCCCAUUUGGUUCUCGGAUUUUCAAGGACACUUCGAACAGCUAUCGUUCGUUGACAUUUGCCAAUUGUUCUUCAAUCUGGUUGAGCUCGUACCGAAGCACAUCACGGUAUAUUGCGUAGUCGACGGGAUAUCUUAUCAUGAAAGAGAUGUCUGGAAGGAAGAGUUCGAACUCAUGAUGGAGUGCUUUGGUAGCAUAAUCGCAAAUAGGGGCAUACGUAUCGCGGCAGCGUUCAAACUUCUUCUCACUAGCCCGACAGUCAGCCAUUGGUUGCCUGAUAUUCUGCCGCCGCAUCAGCGAGUCUCGUUGAGAAACACAAGAGCAAGAGGAGCAACAAACUUGGAGGGUCAUCUUCGAACAGCUUUUGGAAGCCCAUGA